CACAUAUAUAAAAUAGUAUUUACAAAAUCUUUGAAGACACACAAGAGAACCAAAAGAACAAUGAAACCUUUAACCAGUUUCGUAUUUAUCAUAAGCUUAUUACAAAGCUUAUUAGUUCAUGGUUCUGGUCGUUAUCAUCAUCAAACUUCUUCAAAUAACAUUUUAGAAGAUUCAUCUUCAAUUUUUCCUUCUGAUUUUCUCUUUGGUACAGCUUCUUCUGCUUACCAGUAUGAAGGUGCGUUCUCGACCGAUGGAAAAAGUUUGAACAAUUGGGAUGUCUUUACCCAUGAAAACCCUGGGAAAAUACUUGACGAGAACAAUGGAGAUAUAGCUGUGGAUCAAUAUCAUCGAUUUAUGGAGGACAUCCAAUCGAUGAAUUUCCUUGGAGUGAACAGUUAUAGAUUUUCUAUUUCUUGGAGUAGAGUUUUACCUAGAGGAAGAUUUGGAGAGAUUAAUUAUUCGGGAAUAAAGUAUUACAACAUAUUGAUCGAUGCUCUCAUUAGUAGAGGGAUUAAACCAUUCGUGACGUUAAACCAUUUUGACUAUCCUCACGAACUCGAGAACCGGUUUCAAAGUUGGCUAGAACCCGAGAUGCAGAUUGAAUUUGGUUAUUUAGCUGAUUUAUGUUUCAAGCAUUUUGGGAACCGAGUUAAAUACUGGACCACGCUAAACGAACCAAAUCAACAAGUCAUCUUAGGCUAUGUAACGGGUUUAUUUCCACCGUCUCGUUGCUCCUCACCGUACGGGAACUGUACUAGGGGGAAUUCAGAAAAUGAACCUUUCAUAGCCGCGCAUAACAUGAUCCUUGCACACGCUAAGGCAGUCAACAUAUACCAGACCAAAUAUCAGAAAGAACAAAAGGGAAGCAUUGGAAUUGUAGUACAAACUUCAUGGUUUGAACCCAUUAGUGAUUCCAAUGCGGAUAAAGAAGCUGCUGAGAGAGCUCAGUCAUUUUACUCGAAUUGGAUUCUAGAUCCCGCCAUAUAUGGGAAAUAUCCAAAAGAAAUGGUAAAUAUUCUUGGAGCAGCUUUGCCGCAGUUUUCGAGCAAUGAAGUAAAGAACUUAAAGAACUCAAGAGCAGAUUUCAUCGGUGUUAAUCACUAUACAAGUUACUUCAUUCAAGAUUGUUUGAUCUCUACUUGUAAUACCGGGAAUGGAGCUUAUAAGGCCGAAGGAUUUGCUCUCAAAUUAGACCGAAAAGGCAAUGUUUCUAUUGGAGAACUUACCGAUGUAGUAUGGCAACAUAUUGAUCCGGAAGGAUUCCACAAGAUGUUAAAUUAUUUAACAGAUAGGUAUCCAAACAUACCAAUGUUCAUAACCGAAAACGGUUUUGGAGACUUGCAAAAACCUGAAACAACGGAUAAAGAACUUCUACAUGAUACAAAAAGGAUACAAUACAUGAGUGGAUACUUGGAAGCUUUACAAGCAGCAAUGAGGGAUGGAGCAAAUGUGAAGGGAUAUUUCGCAUGGUCGCUAUUAGAUAACUUUGAGUGGUUGUAUGGAUACAAGCUUCGGUUUGGUCUAUUCCAUGUUGAUUACACAACUCUUAAAAGGACACCAAAACAAUCAGCUUCAUGGUACAAGAACUUUAUCGAAGACCACGUGAAUAGAAGAGGUAGCGCUUGUUGAUGAUUAACAAAUAGUACAUUAUUUUUUUUUUAAUUCGUAUUCAUUGUCAAACAAAGUCAAACUACAAAAUUGUUUAAAAAUAUAAAACUUAUCAUUGUGAAAUGAUUAAAGUUUGUUUUUUUCUUCUUAAA